GGCGCGGCGGCCGGGGCGGGGGGCGCGGGCCGACGAAGAUGGCGAACGUGGGGCUGCAGUUCCAGGCGAGCGCCGGGGACGCGGACCCGCAGAGCCGGCCGCUGCUGCUGCUCGGGCAGCUGCACCACCUGCACCGCGUGCCCUGGAGCCACGUCCGCGGGAAGCUGCAGCCCCGGGUCACCGAGGAGCUCUGGCAGGCCGCUCUAAGCACGCUCAACCCCAACCCCACGGACAGCUGUCCCCUCUACCUGAACUAUGCCACCGUGGCCGCCCUGCCCUCCAGGGUGAGCAGGCACAACAGCCCCUCGGCCGCGCACUUCAUCACCCGACUUGUGCGGACCUGUCUGCCGCCGGGAACCCAUCGGUGCAUUCUGAUGGUCUGUGAGCGGGCCGACGCCUUCGCCUCUGCCUGCGCCCUGGCCCGCGCUUUCCCGCUGUUCACCCACCGCUCGGGGGCUUCCAGGCGCACGGAGAAGAAGACUGUCACAGUGGAGUUUUUCCUGGUGGGACAAGACAACGGGCCAGUGGAAGUGUCCACUUUGCAAUGCUUAGCAAACGCCACGGAGGGCGUGCGGUUGGCGGCCCGCAUUGUGGACACGCCCUGCAAUGAGAUGAACACAGACAGCUUCCUAGAGGAGAUUAAGAAAGUUGGAAAAGAUCUGGGGAUCGCCCCAACCAUCAUCCGGGACGAGGAGCUGAAGACAAGAGGAUUUGGAGGAAUCUAUGGUGUUGGCAAAGCUGCUGUCCACCCCCCAGCUCUGGCCAUCCUCAGCCAUACUCCAGAUGGAGCCACCCAGACCAUUGCAUGGGUGGGCAAAGGGAUCGUCUACGACACAGGGGGUCUCAGCAUCAAAGGGAAGACCACCAUGCCUGGGAUGAAGAGGGACUGCGGGGGUGCCGCGGCCAUCCUAGGGGCCUUCCGAGCAGCCAUCAAGCAGGGUUUCAAAGACAACCUCCAUGCCGUGUUCUGCUUGGCUGAGAACUCAGUGGGGCCCAAUGCUACGAGGCCUGACGACAUCCACCUGCUGUACUCAGGAAAGACUGUGGAAAUCAAUAACACCGACGCCGAGGGCAGGCUGGUGCUGGCAGAUGGCGUGUCCUACGCCUGCAAGGACCUGGGAGCUGACAUCAUCCUGGACAUGGCCACUCUGACCGGAGCGCAGGGCAUCGCCACGGGCAAGUACCACGCCGCAGUGCUCACCAACAGUGCCGAGUGGGAAGCGGCCUGUGUGAAGGCUGGGAGGAAGUGUGGGGACCUGGUGCACCCGCUGGUCUACUGCCCCGAGCUGCACUUCAGCGAGUUCACCUCGGCAGUGGCCGACAUGAAGAACUCAGUGGCGGACCGGGACAACAGCCCCAGCUCCUGUGCCGGUCUUUUCAUCGCUUCACACAUCGGCUUCGAUUGGCCCGGGGUCUGGGUCCACGUGGAUAUCGCUGCACCUGUGCAUGCCGGUGAGCGCGCCACAGGCUUCGGUGUGGCCCUCCUGCUGGCGCUCUUCGGCCGGGCCUCCGAGGAUCCUCUGCUGAACCUGGUGUCCCCGCUCGGCUGUGAGGUGGAUGCCCAGGAGGAGGAUGCGGAGAGGGACUCCAAGAGGCGCAGGCUCGUGUGAGGCCAGCUGCCUCUCCCGGCCCCCAGCAACGCAGGGCUCUUUACCUCACUUUGCACUGAUUAAUUUUAAGCAAUUGGAAGAUUAUACCUUAAGAUCGGC